AUGGUGCUCUUGGUACAAAAGCUCAGCAAAUUCUACUCCAAGCUGGAAAAUCACCACCGCCGCCACCGAGCAGAGGUUGAUGUUUUGUCGGCUUCUUUACAGGCUUUCAGGUCCGAUGUUUCGAAUUACAUGAACCAGUUGUUGUGGUUUAAUCCGGAACCCAGAUCAAAAAUCUUGUCAUUUUCAUGGAUCAAACGAUGUUUGGAGCUCCUUCCUAUGAUCAACAAGGCGUUUAUAAAGCUAGUGGAUGACAUGGACUACCCAAUGACCAGCUGGGAAGCUGCUUCUCUCGACGAGUAUCUCAGCCACGGCUUGCAUUUGCUGGACCUUCUAAAUUCCGUCAGUUCCUCUCUUUCUCACCUGUCGCAUGCUCGGCUUUCAAUCGCACACGGCCUCAACCUCGUGGAGAAUUCACCUUCCAUGGCUAUAAAGCAUCUCAAGCCAAUCCAGCCACAAAGUUCAAGCAAGGACAUCAAGGGAUUGUUAAACGAGGAAGAUUGCGAGGGGAAGUUUGGUUCUUGCAAGGAAAGGGUAAUCAAUGAAGCUAUGAUGGAGAUAAAGAGCAUUGGGUUCUGGGUAUUUGGGGUUGUUUUGGCUUCCUUGUCGGGUGAGACCAGACCAUACUUGGAGAUGAAACAAGUGAUUUCAGGCUUCAAUAAAGCUUCUUCAUUGAUUGAUGUAAUGGAUUCAUGUGUGUUUGAUGUUAUAGUGGAGAAAGGUGAGACGUUGAAAGAGGUCAAGGAGCUUAACAGCGCAGCAGGUUCACUUGUAUCAGCAAUUGUCUCUGGGAAAACAAGCGAUGCCGCCAUGGAUUUGGAGGGGAAAUUGAGUGUUUUCGAGGAGGAGAUUGAAGUAUUGGAAAAGCAAGUGGAUGCCUUGUUUUCCAAGGCAUUGGCAACCAGAAAUGAACUGCUUCACGGUGUCAGUCAACUCAAGCAAUGA